AUGGUACGGUACCGAGCCCUAGAGACGAGUGAUGGUCAUGACCAAUCCACGUCGCCUACCGCCGUCACUACCUACAGCAGCCCGAGUCCGGAGUCGGGGAAGUCACCGACGAAGAGGAUAACCAAGCUCUUCCCGUUCGGGCAUUUGCGCGACAAUGACAGCAACGGUUCAUUGUUCUCGUCGAAGACCACAAUUUCCAAUUCGAAUCCGCAUCUCGGGCAGAGGGGAUCGUCAAUGGGGCUACCGAAUCCGUUUGAGAUUGCUGCUGCGUUGACGGCAACGGCGAAGGGUCUCUCGCCGAUGCACUUACUCCCGAACCAUAAACACGCGAACUUGGAUGUGAGACAGUCUGAUUCACCCGAGUCGUUCAUAAUCAUUAACGAAGAGGAUGGGAUCCCAACUCCCAUGCGGCAACAGCGCUUUGAGAAUGCAAAUGCUGGCACGAUCGUAGAUGAAUGA